AAACUGGCCACUCGUCUCAUUUGAAUCCAUUCAUACAAAGCAAUGAUGUCUCCCAGUGUGGAGUCUAAUGAUAUCAUUAAUCGUAAUAUAACUACAAUUAACUCAAACGCAUCGCUCAAAAAGCAAGUGUUGUGUAACACAGACGACGACUUCUCGCUGAAGAGCGCUCAUCCCAUCUCAUCCCGGUCUUCGGUCUUCUGCAUCGAACAGCUCCUCAAUAAUGGAAAGCAUGUGAGGAGUAGUCAUCCCAUUCAUGACAUGACAACCAACCCAUUCCAAGAACUCGACAAAAGUGACUCAAAACAAAAAAAUGAGUACUACUUAAGUGAUAAGGAAAGAGAUAAGGGAAACGACUCGACUUCAGAAGCCAAUGAAGAUGAGAUCGAAGACAUCGACAAAUGUAAUGAUAUGGAGAGACCUCGCAAAAUAAGAAGGAGCAGGACCACUUUCACUACUUAUCAAUUACAUCAAUUGGAAAGAGCUUUCGAUAAAACUCAAUAUCCAGAUGUGUUCACACGAGAAGAGUUAGCUCUAAGGCUAGACUUGAGUGAAGCACGCGUUCAGGUUUGGUUUCAGAAUAGGAGAGCCAAAUGGCGUAAAAGAGAGAAAGCGAUGGGUCGGGAGAGUCCGCCCGUCUAUCUGAACGGUUCGACUCCCAAUCAGAGCCUAAACUUUAACACUAGUUUCGAGCCAAAUAUCAACCGAAACAAUGAGUUCUUGUAUUUGAAUCCUUCAGCGCUAUUACAAUCGCCAAUGAGUUCGCCAGCAAUGCAUCCGAUCGGUGCCGUCAACGGAAUGGCCGAUAAUUUCUGGAACUUAAGUCACGGCCCGUUAUCCUCAUCGCCACUGCCAUCACUUCAUCCAAAUUCAUUAAGUCUGUCUCAAUCGAGUUCAUUACCCAAACAAAUGGCAAAUCCGUGGAAU